AUGCCGUUUAAGAUAAUCAUCAUCGGAGCUGGAGUUGGUGGUACGGCUGCAGCUGCUAGGCUAAGCAAAAAAGGAUUUGAAGUAGAAGUAUAUGAAAAAAAUGCAUAUAAUGGUGGAAGAUGUUCAAUAAUAAACCAAAAUGGACAUCGAUUUGAUCAAGGUCCAUCAUUAUACUUGAUGCCGAAAAUUUUCGAAGAAACAUUUGAAGAUUUGGGAGAAGACAUUAAUGACCACAUCGAAUUAUUGAAAUGUCCAUCUAAUUAUAGCGUACAUUUUCACGAUGGAAAACAGUUUGAACUUACCACUGAUUUAGCUAAACUAUCUCGUUCCUUAGAAAGAUAUGAAGGCAGUAACGAAUCUACGUUGAUUAACUUCUUAAAAUUUUUAAAAGAAUCUCACGUGCAUUAUCAGAGAAGCGUUAAGGUUGCACUCAAAACAGAUUUUCAGCAUUGGUAUGACUUUUUCCACCCGAAACAUUUACCAGACGUAAUGCAAUUACAUCUUUUGGAUACCGUUUACAACAGAGCAUGUAAAUAUUUUAAAAGCGAUUACAUGAGAAAAGCUUUCACGUUUCAAACUAUGUACUUAGGGAUGUCGCCGUAUGAUGGAUUAGCUCCUUACAGUUUACUGCAGUACACUGAAAUAGCAGAAGGCAUUUGGUAUCCGAAAGGGGGCUUCAAUAAAGUUGUGCAGUCUCUUGAAAACAUAGCGGUACAACAUGGUGCUAAGUUCAAUUAUAAUAGCGAUGUUCAGGAAAUAAUAGUUGACGAUAAAGGGGUAGCUAAAGGCAUAAAAUUGAGGAACGGUGACGUAGUGAACAGUGACAUUGUGAUUUGUAAUGCAGAUCUCGUUUACGCAUUAAAUAUAUCAAACUUCAAAGAUAUGAUUGAUCAUGAAAUUGUAAAUGAUCCACGAUCAUGGAAAAAUGAAUUUAAUUUAUGGAAAGGAUCUAUACUCGGGCUAUCUCAUUCUUUGUUUCAAGUAUUAUGGUUCAGACCUAGUUUGAAGUGUAAAAUAUUCAAAAAUUUGUAUUUUGUUGGUGCUUCGGUACAGCCCGGUACUGGAGUACCAAUAGUUUUGUGUGGAGCAAAGUUAUUGGAAAAACAGUUAUGUGAUCGGUUCUUCAAGGAUGAAACAAAAAUACAACUGUGGUCAAAACGUAAUUGUUUAUUGAUUAUCCUAGUUCUGCUGGUAUUUUUGUGCCUACUUUUUUAAAUUAAUUAAAACUAA